AUGAAUGAUCCAUUAGAAUGGUACCAUGACAUCCCCAUUGUUUCACGUCUAUACCUGACCGGCUCUUUCUUGACAACUACGGCUUGUGCAUUGGAUCUGGUGUCGCCUUUUUCGCUCUAUUUCAACUUUAAUUUAAUUUUUUUGAAAGGACAAGUGUGGCGUCUUGUGACGAAUUUUCUCUUCUUUGGACUUUUUAGUCUGGAUUUUUUAUUUCACAUGUACUUUGUUGUCCGCUAUUGCAGAUUAUUAGAGGAAGGAUCUUUUCGCAAUCGAACAGCAGAUUUUGUGUACAUGCUGCUACUGGGAGCUCUAGUAAUGAUUUUAGUUGCACCAUUCGUAAACAUUCACUUUCUUGGCUCGUCGUUAACGUUUAUGAUGGUGUAUCUAUGGGGUCGACGUAACGAGCACGUCCGAAUGAGCUUUCUUGGUCUGUUUCCUUUCACGGCACCGUAUCUGCCAUGGGUGCUCUUUUCCUUUUCGAUUUUGCUGGGAAAUAGCGCGACGACCGAUUUAAUGGGCAUCAUUGUCGGACAUAUCUACUAUUUCCUAGAAGAUGUAUACCCCAAGAUUGCCAGUAUUCGAGGCUGGAAAAAUCAGCGACCGCUUGCGACUCCACGCAUCAUCUGCUACUUGUUUGAUCCACGCCCUGUUGUCGUAGAUGGUGGACAAGUGAUUAAUGACUUGGGUGCAUACGACAAUGAUCACCCUCACAUGGAGUAA